AGCCGCGCAAUGGUCCGACGUCACUCGUUCACUUCCGGGCUGGUAAACGCUACCCGGGUGACACGAAAAUGAACCAUUUUACCCAAUUUUAUACUCUUUUGUAAAAUACUUGAAAUAUUAACUUGAAACACAAACACACAGCGCUUUUAGACGUUGCCAAAAUAAUGUCAGCGCUUUGUUUUGACGGGUAACAAUACCUGAUACGAUCCGGCAAGAAGCGCAGGCAUAGCGGCUGAGGUCUGGUUGAAUCGCUGCAGAAAGCAACCCAAGCCGGAGCUGCAAGACAUAUUUUUGACGGAAAUAUUCUAGUCAUCUUCUGCAGUGACUUUUUUUUUCCUCAGGAGAGAUGAAAUUAAAGGAGGACAUCAACCCCCUGCUACUACAGGUCUUCCGCUCAGUGGUCUGGGUCUACUCAGUGAUCACCUUCAUACCCUGGUAUUUCUUCUCCGGGGCCGGUUCCAACCUGGAGCGGGCAUGCCGCAUCAAAGCGCGGUCAGUUAGCGGGCAUCCAGCCGGGCCGUACAGAGCCAUUAACAGCCAUGAGAACCUGGUGGCAUGGCUGCAUCCUGGGGUGGAUACCCUGGAUAAAAUGUUUGAGUAUGCUGUUAAGAAGUUUCCCCAGAGGGACUGUCUGGGCACCAGGGAGGUGCUGAGCGAGGAGGAUGAGCUCCAACCCAAUGGGAAAGUCUUUAAGAAGGUCAUUCUCGGGAACUAUAACUGGCUGUCAUAUAAGGAGACCUACCAGGCGGCCAGGACAUUCGGCAGCGGGCUCGCGUCUCUCGGCCAGAGGCCGAAGUGCAAGAUCGCCAUCUUCUGUGAGACCAGAGCUGAGUGGAUUGUGGCAGCUCAGGCCUGCUUCAUGUACAAUUUCCAACUCGUCACACUGUAUGCCACACUUGGACCCACGGCCAUCGCCCAUGGUCUGAACGAGACAGAGGUCACUCACAUCAUCACUAGUAAAGAUCUGCUGCAGGGCCGUCUCAAGGCAAUUCUUUGUGAUGUUCCGAGGCUGCGGUACGUCAUUGUGGUUGAUAAGAAACUGUCCAGUUGGCAGGACAUCCCCAGAGGCAUCACGGUCCACAGCAUGGAUGCUGUGAGAGAGAUGGGAUCCAAGCCUGAAAACUUAGCAACAGACUGCAGACAACCACAGUCUUCAGACAUUGCCGUCAUCAUGUACACCAGCGGCUCCACGGGCAUCCCCAAGGGUGUGAUGAUCUCCCACGGCAACAUCAUUGCUGGCAUCACCGGGAUGGCGGAGCGAAUCCCCAACCUCAAUGAAACAGACACCUACAUUGGCUACCUGCCAUUGGCUCACGUUUUAGAGCUCAGUGCAGAGCUUGUGUGCAUCUCUCAUGGCUGUCGCAUCGGCUAUUCCUCCCCUCAGACUCUUGCCGACCAGUCCACCAAAAUAAAAAAGGGCAGUAAAGGGGACACCAGUGUGUUACGACCUACGCUCAUGGCUGCUGUACCAGAAAUAAUGGACCGUAUUUAUAAGAACGUGAUGACGAAGGUGGAGGGUAUGAGCAAAUUCCAGAAGACGCUCUUUGUGCUGGCGUACAACUACAAGAUGGAGCAGAUCUCGAAGGGCUAUAGCACGCCUCUUUGUGACAGUCUGGUGUUCAAGCGGGUCCGUGCACUGCUGGGUGGCAACACACGAGUGCUUCUCUCUGGCGGAGCUCCACUGUCGGCCGCCACGCAGCGCUUCAUGAACAUCUGUCUCUGCUGCCCUGUGGGGCAAGGCUACGGUCUGACAGAAACCUGUGGAGCAGGAACCAUCAGCGAGGUUUGGGACUACAGCACCGGGCGAGUCGGAGCGCCUCUGGUUUGCUCAGAGAUCAUGCUCAAAGAUUGGGAAGAGGGCGGCUACUACAGCACAGACAAGCCCAACCCACGUGGUGAAAUCUUGAUCGGCGGGCCCAACGUGACAAUGGGUUACUAUAAAAACGAAGCCAAGAACUGCGAGGACUUUUUUGUGGACGCGAAAGGCCAACGGUGGUUCUGCACUGGGGACAUUGGAGAGUUCCACUCCGAUGGAUGCCUCAAGAUUAUCGAUCGCAAAAAGGACCUGGUGAAACUGCAGGCCGGCGAGUAUGUCUCUCUAGGAAAAGUCGAGGCCGUUCUGAAGAACUGCUCGCUCAUAGACAACAUCUGUGCCUACGCUAACAGCGAUCAGUCCUACGUGAUCAGCUUCGUGGUACCCAACCAGAAACAGCUCCUGGCGCUGGCAGAGCGGAUGCAGGUGCGAGGCACAUGGGAGGAGAUCUGCAACAACCCCGUGAUGGAGAAGGAAGUCCUCCGCGUCAUCACAGAGGCCGCUAUUUCAUCAAAACUGGAGCGAUUCGAGAUCCCCAUGAAAGUCCGUCUGAGCGCCGAGCCUUGGACACCAGAGACUGGCCUGGUCACCGAUGCAUUCAAACUAAAACGCAAGGAGCUCAAAACACACUACCAAGAAGACAUUGAGAGGAUGUAUGGAGGAAAAUAGCACACACAAUAAACACCAAGUAUAUCUGAGGUUGCUGGAAGGAUCUGGAGGGGAAGCAUUAUGAUUAAAAUACAGUCAACAUUCACACGGACACACAAAACAACCCCACCUGCUCUGCUUUCCAGUGGCCAGCAAUGAUCAAUACAUAAAGAAAUCCAGCCUCGCUGUCCCUUCUACCUUCCACCCAACCAGUGACUCACACUCCCGAGUCCACUCCUAUCAAUGUGCUGAGCUCUCAGAGUCGCCAUGGCGACCAGGGCCUAAUACGAACUUCUGCAUGAAGUGAAUCAAAUGUGAGGUUUAUACGUACGUGGAUCGGCGUCAGCCGCCAUCCUCUGCUCCCUGGAACCGCCCCCCGCUGGUACAACCUAAAAACUCAAUAGGCGAACAAAUGGUGGCGCAUGAGUGCUGCCUUAUACCGGGAUCCCUCCUGUGCUUUAAAAAGCUCAAUCUGGGUUUCUUUGUUUUUUUUAUUAAUGCUCCAUGAUUGGAAUCACCAAUAUGCAAGUUUCAAGGUUCUUGUUCAAUAUUGGCCUGAUUGUGAUCAUAUGUGAAUGAUCUAUUUUACUAAUAACUAACUAACAGGGCAGAUUGUAAAACAUCACAAGGAUCUUUUGUAAUGAGUAACGUUCAGGCUGGUAUGUGGGGAUUGCUUGUUGUUUUUUUCUGUGUUCCUUGGUUGCUUCUUAUUCUCUUUUUUUUGUAUGAGGAAAGUGUUACAAAGCCAUGAGAGAUUGAGCGUGUAAUGUUUGUUUUUUUUAUUAAUUUAAUUAUAUUCGUAUUUUUUUUAUU